AUGCAAGAACAUGAAGACGCAAUCAGGCAGGGACAAAAAUUAGGACAAACCUCACCGUCGAGAUCUGAAAGCGGCGGCGAGUCCUCCGCAACCGCCGUCGGCGCCUCUUGCCGUUCCUUGGUUCGUGCUUCAAUAGGUGCUCUUCUGCGUUAUUUCGUUGUCUGUGGUUCUCGUCGUCGUGCAGAAUUAGGGCAAAUCGAUUUGGGGAGAACUUCUGAAAUCGAGUACAAUGAGAUUGGGGGAGAACUUCUGACGUGGAAAGUGAUCUUGAUUAUGUUGUCAAAUCCCAUACUGCAAAGUAAACGGCCCUACAAAAUUAUGGAGAGAAACAUCAACGAUUUGAAAGAGGACAAGUUGGAUCAGAAGACAAAAUGCGCUAUGAAAAGAUUCAAAUCAAAUAAAAAUGUUAUAGAAAUUCAAGAAAUUGUAUUUUGUAUUGUUCACCUCACAUUGCAACAAGAUGGGAUUCCAAAGCGUACGAGCUUGUUCCAAAGGCAACUCGUGCUGCAUCCACGAUUUCCUCACAGCCAUUCGCUCGGCAAAGUGGUUGCCAGCCGAGAGAAUGCCGACAAAGAGCUCAAUGGGCCCGUCCAGGACAGGUGGGGCCCGCCACCUGUCGGACAAAUCGAGAUUUUUCCGAUCAUAACCGACAUAAGAGGCAGGCAGAGAAGCAGCAAAAAUGGAAAUGACGUCAAUAUCCCCACCCAAAUACAAUCCGGUAGCAUCCUCGAGAGCAAAUCCCUAUAA